CUCUCUCUCUCUCUCACAGUGAAAGAUCCCCACGCGGUGUGUGUGCAGGAUGGGUGGACAGCAGGAAGAGGAGCCGUCUGUGCGCUUGUUUCGGGAGUACCUGAGGAUCCGGACUGUCCAUCCUCAGCCAGACUACGAUGGUGCGAUUAAGUUUCUGGAGAGGAUGAGUGUGGAGCUGGACCUACCCUUGAAGAAGAUUGAGGUUCACCCAGGUCGGACUGUUGUCAUCAUCAGCUGGGAGGGGACGGACCCCAAGCUCAAAUCCAUUCUCCUGAAUUCCCACACGGAUGUGGUGCCUGUCUUUGAGGAGCAUUGGAAACACGACCCAUUUGCAGCUGUGAAAGAUGAGCAGGGCAAUAUUUAUGGCCGGGGGACACAGGACAUGAAGUGUGUCACCAUUCAGUAUAUCGAAGCAAUUCGGAGAUUGAAAUCAGAAGGGAAGCGAUUUCCACGGACAAUCCAUUUGUUGUUUGUUCCUGAUGAAGAAAUCGGGGGUGUGAACGGGAUGGCCAAGUUUGUCCAUUGUGAAGAGUUCCAGGCGAUGCGUGUCGGUUUUGGGCUCGAUGAAGGUUUGGCUAACCCCACUGAUGCCUUCACAGUCUUCUAUGGUGAGAGGAGCGUGUGGUGGGUCACCGUGCACUGCCCGGGCUGUCCAGGACAUGGCUCCCGCUUCAUAGAGAACACAGCUGCAGAGAAGCUGCGUAAAGUUCUGAAUUCAUUCUUGGACUUUCGAGAGAAGGAGAAGAAGAGGUUAGAUCUGAGUCAGUGCUUGACCCUCGGAGAUGUUACCACCAUCAACCUGACCUUAUUACAAGGAGGCGUUGCCUAUAAUGUUGUCCCUGAAGAGAUGAUGGCGAGCUUCGAUAUUCGCAUUCCCCCAACUGUGGAUCUGAAGGCCUUUGAAGAGCAAAUUAAGACGUGGUGUCAGGAUGCUGGCGAUGGAGUUGUGUACGAAUUUCACCAGAAAGGCAUGGACCAGUCAGUGACAUCUAUCGACAAGUCUGACCCCUGGUGGAAAGCUUUCAGUAGCACAUGCCAGAAGCUGGACAUGACCCUGCAAUGUGAGAUCUUCCCAGCUGCCACAGACAGUCGAUACAUUCGUGCUGUGAGUAUUUCAGACAAUCCCAUCCAAGUUCCCGGGAGCUGAGCCAGACGGUGGGAGCGCUGUGGGUGUUUGGGAAUGUUGCAAGGCAGAGGUCUGUCACUGAGGGCGGGGUGAUAUCUUGGGAUGCAGCUCAGGAUUUGGGGGUAGCACAAGGUGAGAGG